GUGAAGCGACUGCAGCAAAAGCUCCAGGGUGGCCGAUGGAGUUAUGAUUCUCCCUGUGCUGAUGGUGAUGGCGUUCCCGUCCCCGAGCUGGCAAGAUGAUGAACUGAAGCUCAAGAUGGUGCACUACGAAUGUGUGUGUGAAGGCAUGUCCUGUGGGAAUGGGGAUCGGUGCCAAGGCCAGCAAUGCUUUGCUUCCCUGAGCAUCAAUGACGGGGCUAAGGUUUACCAGAAGGGCUGCUUCCAGGUCUAUGAACAGGGCAAAAUGACUUGCAAAACACCUCCGUCCCCUGACCAGGCUGUGGAGUGCUGCCAGGGACACCUGUGCAACAUGAACAUCACUGCACAGCUGCCCUCUUCCAAAGGGCAAACCUUUCAAGGAGAAGCUGCAGGUUACAGUAUGGAAACACUAAUCAUCGUUAUCCUGGCUCCUGUGAUAGUGUUGAUAGUUUUUUCUGCAGUAGCAGUGCUGAUCAUCCGGAGAAUACAGAAGAACCACAUGGAGAGGCUCAAUUCUAGGGAUGCAGAGUAUGGCACCAUCGAGGGCCUCAUUGCCUCGAACGUGGGGGACAGCACGUUGGCAGAUUUGUUGGACCAUUCCUGCACAUCUGGAAGUGGUUCUGGACUUCCCUUCUUGGUGCAAAGAACGGUGGCUCGUCAGAUCACGCUUGUGGAGUGUGUAGGAAAGGGCCGUUAUGGAGAAGUUUGGAGGGGUCAGUGGCAAGGAGAAAAUGUUGCUGUGAAGAUCUUCUCCUCUAGGGAUGAAAAGUCCUGGUUCAGGGAAACUGAGUUGUACAACACUGUAUUGCUGCGGCACGAGAAUAUUUUGGGUUUUAUCGCCUCCGACAUGACCUCCCGGAACUCCAGCACGCAGCUGUGGCUGAUCACACACUACCACGAGAUGGGCUCUCUGUACGACUACCUGCAGCUGACCACGCUGGACACGGUGAGCUGCCUGCGCAUCGUGCUGUCCAUCGCCAGCGGGCUGGCACACCUGCACAUCGAGAUCUUCGGCACGCAGGGCAAGCCGGCCAUCUCCCACCGCGACCUCAAGAGCAAGAACAUCCUCGUCAAGAAGAACGGGCAGUGCUGCAUCGCUGACCUGGGCCUGGCAGUUGUGCAUUCCCAAAGCACAAACCAGCUGGAUGUGGGGAACAAUCCCCGUGUGGGCACCAAGCGCUACAUGGCCCCGGAGGUGCUGGACGAGACGAUCCAGGCAGACUGCUUCGACUCCUACAAGAGGGUGGACAUCUGGGCCUUCGGGCUGGUGCUCUGGGAGGUGGCCAGGCGCAUGGUCAGCAACGGUAUUGUGGAAGACUACAAACCACCCUUUUAUGACUUGGUUCCGAACGAUCCCAGUUUUGAAGACAUGAGGAAAGUGGUCUGUGUGGAUCAGCAGAGGCCCAACAUUCCCAACAGAUGGUUCUCAGACCCGACGUUAACGUCCCUCGCCAAGCUGAUGAAGGAGUGCUGGUACCAGAACCCGUCCGCCAGACUGACAGCCCUGCGCAUCAAAAAGACUUUGACCAAAAUUGACAAUUCCUUAGACAAACUGAAAGCUGACUGUUGA